UUAAGGUGCUCCGCGUGGCCGCGUGUCCGCGUGUGUGCGAAACGGGACCGGAGUCGCGGACCGCAGCGCGAGACGGCACGGCAAAACAGCAAAGACCAAUUAAAAGGGCAUUAAUGAAAACAACUGUUCCUUCCCUGCACGUUACGGUGCGCACUACUGCUGCUACUGCUGCUGCUGCUACUGCAUGACACUCCCGUCCACACACGGUGUGCACCUCUCGGCAGCUGGCGCACCCACGGAGCAGCACGGCCACAUACCGGAUCUAUAGCGUCUGACCAGCACGCCCUGUUGGGGCUGCCCUAGAGAACCAGCCGUGCUAGCCUGCCUGCCUGCCUACGACACGACGCUGCUGCCAUACGGAAGCCCACAACGCAGCAGCCGGGCUCCGAUCUCGGUAUCGCAGUAACCAUAGACCGAGGUAGACAAGGAGGCCUUGCUUGCGUUGUGUACGUGCGAGAAGAGCGGAAGAGUCGGUCUACGACUGCAGCACUCGGGAUUGCGUCAAGUGCCGAUUGUGUGUGCGCCGUGGAGUGUUUUUGGUGCGGUGCGAACUACCCGUACGGUCAUCGACGGCCAUCUUCUCGGCAUUGUUGUUGUUGGUGUUGUUGUUGUUGUGCUGCUGGUGGUGCGUUCGAGCGCUGGAUAAUUGUGCUCCAUAUCGUGGUGAUGUCGACUUUCGACGCCAAGUGUCUGCCGGAAUGCAAGUUUGAAUCGGUUCCGGUCUUCUUCAAUCACUACUGCUCCACCACUGGCUGUUCCUGCUCUUGCUCCUCCAGCUGCUGCAACACUCCUGCUCAUUCCACGUGACCAGGACACACCGCACACAUCGCGCAACGCAGGAUUAUCUUUUUGAUACGUCGUACUGGAAUUUUAAUGGUUUACAUGAAUGGACUUGGCAAUGACCCUCUGUCUGCGAAAGAGGCAGAGGGCCCACCAGUCCAGCUAGAGCCUGUCGACCUGAGCGUCCGUUCGCCACCGAAAGACCUGAAGACCACCGCCAUCCGAAUACGCAGUGGACUACUGAAACGACCACCUCCACCGCUCAUCUCAGCACCCCAUCUGCUAGCCCUAAAGCACAAAACAGAAGACCUAUACUUUUCCCUCACCAACAACAACAACAACAACAGUAUAGAGGAUGACGCUUCCGAUUAUGCCACCGAUUUGGCCCCAAGUGGAACCGCGGGGAAUGUGUCUCCUUCGGCCUUCUCACCCACUCACGCACACCUUCUCACGACACUCUGUGGGGCAGCGAUGGCCACCGGGGGAGCCGCCACCGAAGCGAAACCGAAGCACAACAGCAACGGUGGUGGAGGCGCCUCGAAGCCGGGGUUGGCGUCACCGGGUGCUGUGGCCCUGAUUCCGGCCGACAACAACAACAGUAUCGGUGUAAGGAACAACAACAACUAUCCGAGUGAUGAAAGCGACGAAACGAAACCGAACCCUACCUUCCGGGAACCGUAUCCUCUCUACGGUGGUCCUCCUCACCAGCACCAGCAGUCGGAACAUAAGGCCGCCGCCCUCCAGCAGCUCCAUCGCCAUUCGCAACUAUUUCCGGCACAGUUUGCGGCAGCUGCAGCCGCCGCUGCUGCCUUCUCCGUACACCAGCACCACCACCACCAGCAACACAAGGACGAGUUGUUGGCCGGAGGACGAAGCCACUCACCGUUGUCGCUGCUCGAUCAGCGCCGGUUGCAGGAGCAGCUACAGCAACUGUCCGCGGUUGGGUCACCGUCGGUGUCGAAGCUACUGCCCGGAUUGCCGGGUCAACUCGCUGCCUCGAUCGCAUCGAUCGCUUCCAGUUUGCCGAAGAUCCACCCGCUGAGUGAAACGGCGACGGCCGCAUUCCAGCGGCUACUGGAACAGCAACCGGCGGUGGCCGCAGCCGCACCCAAUCCACCGCCAGCCAACAGUAGCGCCUCGGGAUUGUUUCCGCGGCCCCGCAACAGUGCCGGACCGAGCCCGGAUCGUUACACCGGCAAGCUGACCGAUCUGCGGCAUCGCACGUCAAACGGGAACGGUGGCGGUGGCGGUGGCGCUUCGGAAACCUCGGAACUUGCAAGCUCGGAACUACCAUCGACGGGGAAGCGUCGUGGCGAGGGGGGCAACGGUACAACUGGGAGUAGUAGAAGUAGUAACAGCAGCAGCAACAGCAGCAGUCAUCAUCCUCGCCAUCAUCAUCUUCAAUUUUCGCCAACAUCACCACCGUCGUCCCUACUUGGUUUUAGUAGCGGCGCUGACCAUCCCCAUCACCAUCAUCAUCACCAUGCAUCGGGAUCGAUGUCGUUGAAGGGGCUGGCGAAGAACCGCAAGAUCCAUCGCUGCGAUGCGACCGGAUGUGAUAAGAUGUACACCAAGAGUUCGCACCUUAAAGCGCACAAACGAACGCACACCGGUGAGAAACCGUACAUCUGCACCUGGGAGGGCUGCGUAUGGCGGUUCGCACGCUCGGACGAGCUGACCCGUCACUACCGGAAGCACACGGGGCUUAAACCGUUCCGCUGUAAGCUGUGUACGCGCUGCUUCAGCCGAUCGGAUCAUCUGUCGCUGCACAUGAAACGCCAUUGACGACGAUCGGAACCCCUGGAACGCCCCGCCGAAUCUGUUCUUAUGAUAAAAACCCCCUCCAUCCCACCCCACUUCCCCUGUUCUUUUGAGCUGCGAACGUGAAGGCCCUAGUGUGUCGUCCACGCACACGGUGCGGCCACUGGCUGCGGGCUGAGGCCGAACACACAAAACAUUAGCCAGUAAUAGUAGGCCAACAAAAGGAGAUGCCAGCAACUAUCAAUGAAUCUCAAUUACAAUUGUAC